AAUCCCAGAGCUAAGAAAGCACAACCUUUGUACCGUGCUCCUCCCUUUGUUGUUCAGACACCAUUGACUCUGGAGGCAGUGAAGAUGAUUCAAUUUGCUUUUAGUAGUGAGCUUCCCGAAAGUGACAUAUUGGUUAGUCUUGGUGGCGGGGUUCUUUCCUUGUUACGUGAAGAUUUUGUCGAGCUUUUGCCAAGGACCAGAAUUUCAACAAGG